AUUAACUUUUUGGCUUUCUUGGGUUUACGGUUGUGAGCUAACAGUAGAAGCUGCCGGACUGUGGAAGGGGGGUGGUGAGGAGGAGAGCAAUUGAUCUUCGUUGUAAACUUUGUGUCACAGGGCCAGUCCGGUCACAGUCUGAAGUCUCUCUGGUUUUGCUUUCCGUCUAAUUCAGGGUCUCACUUUGCCUUCGACAGAAGGAGGGAGAGGCUGGUCCACGAGGGAGGGAUUCAAGGAGAAAACUCGGGAAGGCUGUCGCGAAGGGGGUAGGCUGUUCGCAGGCCGCAUGCUUGAGCCUAAACGUGUUAUUUUUUUCGCAUCGCGACAAAUCAAUGCUGAGUGAUGUCGUGUCAUCAACCACUCUCGCGCCUGUCUGUGCCUUGUCAUCAUCCCCCUUCCGCGGUGGGUAAGGUGACGACGGCAUCACCGCCGCAAGGCGAGUUUCUCCCUUUUCCUGCGCCCGGGAGUCUCGGGCCAGAGACGAGAUCUCGGGGCAUCAAAGCUUGUCGCAUACAAGACGUGCGAGAUGCGGGUGGUUGGUUUCCUCUUCCAUCGAACAUGUGGUGGCCCUGCUCCCCUUCGCCCCCUUUUUGUCUUCCCCCCCCCCCUUCCUCCGUGCGUUGCAUCGCCUUCGUCCGAUAUCGAAAGCUUACCAUCGUCAAGUCUCGCUUCCUUCCAGAACUUUCAGAGAAGGCACCUUGUCUCCGCCGGCGACUAGCGGUGAGCACGCGAGCCGGCGAGCCUCAUGCCUUCCCUUACUUUCGCCCUUCCCACCACCCUUCGGUAGCCGGGUGCCGUACGGCCCGUCGUCGCGAGUCGUGGGCUGUGAGCGUGACCUUCCCCCUUGACGUUUCAAGAACCGCGGGUUUUCUUUAUCCGCGGGGAAUUUCUCGUACCUCCUUGAUGGAGGGGGGGCGACGGCAAUGGCGGCCGUUUUGCUUGUAACCGUUAUGCUCGACUCAUUCGGGUUACUCGCCUUCUCCCGGUCUGCUCAAGUCGAUCCAGUCAAUCAUUUGGCUGAUGAUCGUCUGUUCGAUUUGCGGAUCGUGAGGGGAAGGGGCCCAGCAGGCUUCGGUGGCAAGUAAACAACGCUACUAGUUAUUAUUAGCUUAAUAUUUCGUUUCGAAAAGAGGAAAAAAAAAAGAUUAGACAAAGUGGGAGAGGCAACA